GACCAUGGUAAGCAGAAUAAGUAAGACCUCUCUGGUCGCUUAACUGUUACCACUUUUAUUUCCCACCAUGACUGAUCCCGUCGCUGAGAAAUCUGGAUUCCUGCGCAUGUACAUGUCCUCUCACCCGGACACGCUGGUCGCGUAUGCCAAGUUCUACGGCCGGGUCAAGGAGAAUAUCAAGAGUGCCGAGAUGAGCGCUAUUGAUACCAAGAGCAUGACUUUGACAUGCACGCUCUCCAAUGGGUCAAAAAAGAAGGUUGUAGUCGCCCUAGAUCCACCACUGAAAGGAUACGAAGACGUCAAGCCACGUUUGCUAGAAAUGAAGGCCUUGGCACAGGAGGGACUGGGCAUGAUAAAAGCACCCCACAUAACUAGCUUCCACUUUCCGACAACUGUGAACACCUGGUUCACGGUUUUCUUAGUAGGAUCUCUUCUUUACAUGGGCAUCUCACCUAGUCAUCCUGAGAGUCCUCUCUACCUCCCCGGUCGGCUCGCACGCUCCUACAUCGGGUCCUACUUCAAGCCUGUGGUCUGGACUCUCACAGGUGUUCACGCUCUCGAAAGUCUCUACACCCUGCACUUGUGCAGGAAGCACCACACGGGUUUGGUCGUUGGUGCCCAAUACGUCUUUUUUACACUAAUAUUAGGGUUCAACGUAUGGGUAGAUCUGAGGAAGCGGAUUCAAGCGGCAAGGAUAGAAUCGGUGAUGAAAGUUGAAUAAGUUUAUCUCUCCUUGACUAAUUCCUUGUGACAUACUUAUUACUCAACUUCAAUGAACUGAUUUCUUGGACAUCUC